GGCGCGGGGACCGGGCGGGAGGGAGGCGGGAGGCGGCGUCCGUCGUUGUAGCUGUGAGUCCGCCCGCCGCCCGCCGCCGCCGGCUCGGUCCCGCGCCCGCCGCCCGCCUUCGCCCGUCAUGGCCCGCCUCACGGAGAGCGAGGCGCGCCGGCAGCAGCAGCAGCUCCUGCAGCCGCGGCCCUCGCCGGUGGGCAGCAGCGGGCCCGAGCCCCCCGGCGGGCAGCCCGACGGCAUGAAGGACCUGGACGCCAUCAAGCUCUUCGUGGGCCAGAUCCCACGCAACCUGGACGAGAAGGACCUCAAGCCGCUAUUCGAGCAGUUCGGCCGCAUUUAUGAGCUCACGGUGCUCAAAGACCCUUACACGGGCAUGCACAAAGGCUGUGCCUUCCUCACUUACUGUGCCAGGGACUCCGCCAUCAAAGCUCAGACUGCUCUGCACGAACAGAAGACCUUGCCCGGGAUGGCACGGCCAAUCCAGGUGAAGCCUGCGGACAGCGAAAGUCGUGGAGGUAGGGACCGGAAGCUGUUUGUGGGGAUGCUGAACAAGCAGCAAUCAGAGGAAGACGUGCUGCGGCUGUUCCAGCCCUUCGGGGUCAUAGACGAGUGCACGGUGCUCCGGGGGCCUGAUGGCAGCAGCAAAGGCUGUGCCUUCGUGAAGUUCUCCUCCCACACGGAGGCUCAGGCGGCAAUCCACGCCCUCCAUGGCAGCCAGACCAUGCCGGGUGCCUCCUCCAGCCUGGUGGUCAAGUUUGCCGACACAGACAAGGAGCGAACACUACGGCGCAUGCAGCAGAUGGUGGGCCAGCUGGGCAUCCUGACACCGUCCCUCACCCUGCCCUUCAGCCCCUACAGUGCCUAUGCGCAGGCCCUCAUGCAGCAGCAGACAACGGUCCUGUCCACCUCAGGCAGCUACCUGAGCCCUGGCGUGGCCUUCUCACCCUGCCACAUCCAGCAGAUCGGCGCCGUCAGCCUUAAUGGGCUGCCUGCCACACCCAUUGCCCCUGCCUCUGGACUGCACUCGCCCCCACUGCUCAGCACUGCCGCCGUGCCCGGCCUCAUGGCUCCCAUCACCAACAGCUUUGCGGGUGUCGUGCCCUUCCCUGGCGGGCACCCUGCCCUAGAGACUGUAUAUGCCAAUGGCCUCAUGCCCUACCCAGCUCCGAGCCCGACCAUGGCUGAGACCCUCCAUCCUGCCUUCUCCGGAGUCCAGCAGUACACAGCCAUGUACCCCACCGCGGCCAUCGCGCCCAUCGCGCACAGCAUCCCGCAGCCGCCGCCGCUCCUGCAGCAGCAGCAGCAGCGAGAAGGUCCCGAAGGCUGUAACCUGUUUAUCUACCACCUCCCCCAGGAGUUUGGAGACACGGAGCUGACGCAGAUGUUCCUGCCCUUCGGCAAUAUCAUCUCCUCCAAGGUGUUUAUGGAUCGGGCCACCAACCAGAGCAAAUGUUUUGGACCCCACGAGCCAGGAAGCCGAGUGGAAGACGCCCACGUUGCCCACCAUCGCGGGUCCACCCCGGUCUCUGCAGGCUUCGUGAGCUUUGACAACCCAGCCAGCGCGCAGACUGCCAUCCAGGCCAUGAAUGGCUUUCAGAUUGGCAUGAAGAGGCUGAAAGUGCAGCUGAAGCGGCCCAAAGAUCCGGGACACCCCUACUGACCACGCCCACAGCCGCCCGGAGGCUGUGGGCUUGGCCCAGGUGAGGGGCCUUCCACCCCAGGAGGGUUUCCCCGCUUCCAACUGAUCCAGGACUUUUCCGUAAAUUACAACCGAGUUUGGACACCAGCCCUCCCUCUCCUCUCCUGUCUCCCCUGAGCCCCCUUCCCAAAAUGUGAAGCGCUGCCGGAGAGGGCAGGGGGCUGAGGAGUUCACCAGUUCCUCCUGGGAGAUUUCCUGGCUCCUCACCCCCCACAACCUUGGUGGCUUCCCCAAACUAAAUCACCACUUUUUCUAUAUAUAUAUAUGCAUAUAUAUAGAGAGAGCUAUAGACAGUAUAUAUAUUUUUUGAGUGUAGAUCAUGGGACCAAACUUUUCUGACUUCCUUCCACCCAAGAGAAGGUGACCCUAGGCUGGUCACUCAGCAGGGACAUAAGAAGGGCUGAGGCUGGCCGGACAGCCCCGUGUCUCCUCACCUCCCGGCUGUAUUGUCAGACCAGGGUGCCAGAGAAGCACUGGGAGUCAUCAGCCAACCGAUAUACCUCCAGGACUUUUGGCCGCUGCCACCGACGAUUCUCUCGGGCCUAUGGGCUCAGCCGGCUUGAGUGUCCCUGGUCCUAGCUGCAGCUUCCGGGACCCCGAACUUCCCUCCCUUGUCCCAGGGCCCUGCCUUCCCCAGCACAAAAGAGAGCCCCUGGCCUCCCUCAGCCCUUUCCCCCCCAGUCAUAGCCUUACUCAUGUGACCAAUAGCCCUUAGCUUUCCGUCAGGGGUAGAUGGGGUCGGUGGGAGCCCCUCUCCUCCUACCCCUCCCAAGGGCAGGCAGCCAGCCCUCCCUGCCUUCGGAUCACCAGCCUGGAAUUCACGGUCUCAUAACCAAGAUUGCCACGCUCGUUGGACAAGCCCAACCUGCACUGGCCAAGCACCCCUUUGCCGAAGAUACCUCUUCAAAGAAUUUUUUUUUAACGUUGAUCUUUCUGAGCAGGUACAAAGAAGAAAAGAGAAGAAAAAUGGGGGUGGGGGGGUCAAACAAUGGAUUUUUGUUUCCUAGCUGGGGCUGGGAGGGAGAUCCUGUGGGGCGCCUCUCUGUACCUACCCAAACCAUGAAACCCACCUUGAAGCACAGAGUCAAGUUCGUCUGGUCGUCCAGUGGAGCCUAUUGCCAAACGAGGUACCAGAGAACUUAUAAGCUCAAGAAAAAGAAUUUUUGGAAAAAAGAAAAACCCACAGCAUUCCCUUUUGUUUCUACCAAAAUGUGUUGACCAACCCAGAAAAAAAAGAAAAGAAAAACACAUAGUAAAAAAAAAAAAAACAAAAAAACAAAAAAAAAGGGAAAAGAAAAAAAAAACCUUCGGACCAACUUGUUUCGAUAUUCCAGAGUUUGAUAAUUGUUCCAAGACAUUCUCUAGUGUGCCUGUAUCCCGUGCGUCUGCGUGUGCAAGCGUGUGCUCAGGGGCCAAGAGGGGGCCUCAUCUGCGUCUCCGGUGCCCACCAAGCUCCCGCCAGGCCUGGCGUGCAGUGGUGUGUGUCCUGAUCCAUGUUUACUGGCUGUAAAUACCAUUUUUAUACUCCACACCGAAGAUCUACAUGAUUUGUACAAUGUACUUUAUUUCUGCUACUAGUAAUUUCAUGAAGUUUCAACUUGCAAACCAACUUUUGGAAACAAACCGACACACACACACACACACACACACACAAGGCAAGAAAAGGACUUAGAAGAAACUCUGGGCUGACCAGUUUUGUGGCUAGAGAGGUCCUUGUCACUGUGGUGUGUUUCAGGUGAGAAGCUACAAGCAUCAUCUUUAUGUCCAAAACACCUCUCUUUGGUCUGGAAAAACUGAAAGUUUAUUUAAUAAAAGUUUUACUUGCUAAA